UUUUGACUUAAACAAGACUUGGGAAUUUGGAUCAUGGAGAAGGAAAAACAAGGCAAGACCCUAAUUUGGCAUUUGAAUCCGAUCCGGCGUCGUUUUAAAGGGGAAGCCAAAGCCCUAUCUCCGCCUCCGCGCCAUUUCCGGUCCUUCCUCUGAUUCUGAUUCCAACACCACAAAAAACUUUCGAAGCCCCUCAAGAUUUCGGCUGAUUCCCAUUUUCCGACCGCCAUGAAAGACCACGGCCACAGCGACGAGCUUCACUCCGACACUAACAAGCGUAAGCUCGAAGAGAAUAUUCAAUUGGCCAAGCAAAAAGCUCAAGAAAUCGUUGCUAAACUUGUCAGCAAUGCCGAGUCCAAACGCCCUCGUUUCGACUACGAGCCCCCCACUGCCACUGCCGCCUCCGCUCCACCAAACCCAUCCUUAUCCGCCUCUCCUUUUCCUGUUUCUUCUGGUACUCCAACAGGUCCAUAUCAUGGUUUUCAAAGCAUGAGUAAGAAAAUAAAUAUUCCAAAUAUUAAGGUUGGGUUGAUUAUCGGGAAAGGUGGGGAAACAAUCAAAUAUCUUCAACUACAAUCAGGGGCUAAAAUCCAGAUAACUAGAGAUUUAGAAGCUGAUCCUCAGUCUUUGACAAGAGACGUGGAACUAACAGGCACUUCAGAACAAGUUAGCAGGGCAGAACAGCUUAUCAAUGAAGUGAUUGCAGAGGCAGAUUCAGGGGGUUCUGCCUCAGCCACAAAUCAGGGAGUGAACUCAGGUCAACCUGGAGUUGAGCAGUUUGUAAUGAAGAUUCCUAAUAAUAAGGUUGCACUUGUCAUUGGAAAGGGAGGCGAAACUAUAAAGAGCAUACAAAGCAAGUCAGCAGCUCGUGUCCAGGUCAUCCCUUUGCACCUCCCUCCUGGAGAUACAUCGACAGAGAGAAAUAUUUAUAUUAAUGGGCUGAAGGAGCAGAUUGAGUCAGCCAAAGAACUGAUCGAUGAAGUAAUAAGUGGGAAACGAUUGGUGAAUACCUCUGAAACUACAAGCUAUGCACAACCAACUUACCCCCCUCCUACCAAUUGGCCUCAAGCUGCACAACCUCCGCAGCAGCAGCAACCCCAAUAUGGAUAUGCACAAGGAACCUAUCCCCCACCCCCGGGGCCUCCGUAUUAUAGCAACUAUCCAACUCAAGUAGGAAGCUGGGAUCAAGCGAACCAAUCGACUAUACAGCCGUCGGAUCCGAGCACUGGAUAUAACUACCACAGCCAACAGUCUCAGGUUGGGUCAGCUCCUCCUCCAUAUCAGGGCUAUAGCUACGGUCAGCCAGCUUCAAGUGGCACUCAUGGUUAUGAUCAAAGCUACUCCCAGCAGGCACCAAGUUAUGGGCAAAAUUUCUCAGGCCGGAUUCCACAGUAUGAUCAGCAGAAUAUGUACCUUAACUCAGGAGGUGCACCACCUGGUGUGCCGUCAACAAAUGGAACUUCCUCUGAAGGUUCAUAUCCAAGUGCAGCAUACCAAGUUUCCAACAGCCAGCCAGUGGCUAACCCUAUGGCUGGGUACUGGACUUACCCGGGCGACCCGAACCAAUCCCUUCCUCAGACAGGCAAUGACCAAUCUGGAUACUAUCAAGCAGUUAGUGGGGGGCAGGAGCAGCCUCAUGUUGCACAUCAGCCUGUGUAUGAACAGGGUGGAUACCCUCUUCCUCCGGCGACAUAUUCUCAGGGAAUAACCCCCCCAGCUCCAGUGCCUCCACAGACGGAGGCUCAAAUCCAACCGCAACCACCAUCAGGUAGUGGAAUCGAGACAUCAGGAAACGGGAAUUCGAAAGGAGGCCAAAGCUUAGCUCCUGUACCAGACGCUGCCCAUACUGAAAGUUGACCGUAAGAUGGAUCGAGUGUAGUUUAUCAGAAGCUCGGUUGUUGUUCUUCAUGCAUUUUUUAUUGAUAGAUAACAUAUUUUGAUAGUGAUUUUAGUAACUUUGUAAUGAAUUGUACUCAACAAACGGAAAUUCACUAUCAGCAACUUCUCAUUCCUUUGACUAUUGAUAUAUUAUUAGAUGCAGAGAUGCAAACAAAGGUUUGACAAGCA